GUCUUCCGAUAAAGACAGACAGGUAAACAGUUAUACGUGUAGUUUAUUGAGAACGUUUAAAAGCGCAUUUAUAUUGUUAUAUUAUAAGCUCGAUGUUUUCGCCCGGUCCCCAAUGAGGGUAGGACACAGUGUGCAGCUUGUUUUGUGGUCCGUCAUGGACGCCGGUGUUUGUAGGGUGUUAUAGUUAGUGUUCGGUGUUUGCGAUGGAAGAAACACGUGAGAGAGCUCCAUCUGUGAUCGAUCGCUAUUAUACACGAUGGUAUAAAACAGGUUGAACUGGGUUUUAUUGAGACAGUUGACAGUUUAAUCAUGCCACGAGAUUUACAAGUGUUGAUACAAUAUGAAAGGCAGAUCGUGUGAAGACCAUUGCAUCCUCCAGCACUCAAACAGGAUCUGCAUCAUCACUCUUGCCGAGUCUCACCCCAUCCUGCAGCAGGGCCGCAAAAUCAAGAGCAUCGAUUACCGCAUCAGUGACGGGUGCAGCCGCCUGAACAACAAAGUAUCAGGCAAAUCUAAGCGAGGUGGUCAGUUCCUGACAGAGUUUGCGCCGCUGUGCAGAAUAACAUGUACAGAUGACACUGAGUACACCAUCUUCAGCUGUAUCAGAGGACGCCUCUUAGAAGUUAAUGAAGAUAUUCUGAAGCAUCCUGAUCUGUUACUGGAAAAGCCUUCCACUGACGGCUAUAUAGCGGUCAUCUUACCCAAACUGGAAGAAAGCAAAACUGUCACCAAAGACCUUCUGACCAGAGAGCAGUAUGAGGACGUUGUCUCUAAACGAAGUACUCAAGUGCAAGAGUCUCUCUGAAAUCAACACAAAGUAACAGACGUGACCUCAAGCGAGAAAGAAGACGUUUCAGAUGUGACAUGAACCAAGCCUAAAGGAAACUCUUGUUAUAUCCAGUAUAUGUUUAUAUUUAUUACUAUUUUCUUGAUUUCUAAUAUAUAGUUUUGUACUGGAUGAAAUAUAAAAAUAAUUAAAAGCCCACUUAAUUAUUUGAC